AUGGCCAACAGGGAUCUGGCAAUCGGUCUGAUCUUCUUAAUACAGACUAUCGUUGGAAUCCUGGGAAAUUUCUCACUUCUCUGUCAUUAUAUCAUCCUUUCCUUCACUGAGUACAGGUGGAAGUCCACAGAUUUCAUUCAUAAGCACCUGACUGUAGCCAACCUCUUAGCCCUGCUCUGUAAAGGAGUCCCCCAGACCAUGGCAGCACUUGGGCAGAAACAUUUCCUCAGUGACCUGGGAUGCAAACUUCUUUUCUUUCUUCACAGAGUGGGGAGGGGGAUGUCCAUUGGUAGCAUCUGCAUCCUGAAUGUGUACCAGGCCAUCACGAUCAGUCCCGGGAACUCCAGGUGGGCAGAGCUUAAAGUUAAAGCUCCCAAGUACAUUUUCCCCUCUAUUUUCCUGUGUUGGAUUCUUCAAAUGUUGGUAAAUAUCAUUUUUCCUAUGUACUUAACUAGCACACUGAACGAUAAGAACAUCACAGUAAAAAAGAAUUUUGUAUACUGUUCUUCGGUUCGACAUGACAAAACUGGAGACUCACUGUAAGCAGUGUUGUUAUCAUUCCCUGACGUGUUAUGUUUGGGGCUCAUGCUCUGGGCCAGUGGCUCCAUGGUUCUCCUUCUGUACAGGCACAAGAAUCAGGUCCAACAUAUUAGAAGAACCAACGCUUCCUCUGGAUCCUCCCCAGAGUCCAAAGCCACAAAAACCAUCCUCCUGGUGAGCACCUUUGUCUAUUUUUACACCCUCUCCUCUAUCUUUCAAACUGCUUUGAGUAUUUUUGAUAAUCCCAGCUCACUUCUCAUGAGCAUUGCUUCAAACUUGUCUGAGUGUUUCCCAUCUGUCAGCCCCUUUCUGCUCAUGGGCCACAACUCCAAGGUACACAAGAUAUCCAAGCUCUGCUUUGCUUGGAUAAGGAAGUUAAAAUCUCCUUGUCUUAUGAAAAAUUAG